AUGACUCUUCCUUUCUUCGAAAAAAAUGACGCCAUAGAAGCAUUUCAGCGAGAAAAUUCGACAGCUGCACGACUUCUCAAGAACAUAGGAUCCCCAAAUAAAUACUCCACAUGUUCUAAUCAAUUUCAAUUCAUUACAAACAAUACAACACUGCAACUACAAAGCGAAAUCAUGAAAAUUUCUGCCUUAUUCUCAUUACUAGCAUUCGCCUUCAUCGGUGUACAAUCAAUACCAUUACGACAUGAAGAAAAUCUUUCUAACCAUUUCGGUUUACCAAAUGAAAUCGAAUCAUUUUUGGGCUCAUUGAAUGCACAACAACGUAGUUGGUGGACCAGCAUUCGUGAUAACGUCGUUAAUCCAGUUCUUGCCGGCGCUGCAAUAGUAGGUGCGAGUGCCAUCCAUCCAUCACUUGGAACAGCAACUGCUAUUGGUUUAGGCAAACUCGUUAAUCCAGUUCUUGCCGGCGCUGCAAUAGUAGGUGCGAGUGCCAUCCAUCCAUCACUUGGAACAGCAACUGCUAUUGGUUUAGGCAAACGUGAAUUGAAUACUGAAGUUGAAAAUGAAAUCGAAUCGUUUUUGGGCUCAUUGAAUGCACAACAACGUAGUUGGUGGACCAGUAUUCGUGAUAAAGUCGUUAAUCCAGUUCUUGCCGGCGCUGCAAUAGUAGGUGCGAGUGCCAUCCAUCCAUCACUUGGAACAGCAACUGCAAUUGGUUUAGGUAAACGUGAAUUAGACGGUGGUUUUGUCAGUGUGGUUAGUUAG